GAGGUACCUGGCGCGAGCGAGGAGGCUGCUCGCAGAGGCGAAGGCCGGAGUGAACCCCUACGCUGGGCUCACGCCGAAGGUGCCGCAGGGGCAGACGCUCACGGGGUCGAACGGGCCUGGGAGCGAUGCCUACGCUGAGCUGGAGAGGCUGGGCAUGGAGCAGCUGUCCAAGGCCGCGUUCUGCCUCGUGGCCGGCGGCCUCGGGGAGCGCCUCGGCUUCCCAGGCAUCAAGAUCAGCAUCACGGCAGAGCUUGCCACGGGCGCUUGUUUCCUCAAGAUGUACGUUGAUUUCAUAUUGGCAUUCCAGGCGCUCUCUGACCAUAGGUUCGUGUGUAAUUGUGUGUUCUCGCAUACGCGCAUUUUGUUUUUCGUAGUAGAUUAUUUCUCUCCGUUGCAAUUGUAGUCAGAUCGCAUUCAUGGUUGAGCCAGCUGGGAGGUUGUCCUCGUUCGUUGCAUGUGCUUCAGCAGACCACGGGACACACAGGGUCAGCCGUCGCGUUUUCAGCACAUUCGACUGGCAGGGUUGAGUGGCCUGCCUGUGCCUCACAGGCCCGCCUACGAUCCGAUUUGAUGAGAUUCGAUCUUCGGGCUGUGCCCGAGAUUCCAAUUCAAUUCGGUUCGGUUCACUUGC